CAGGGAGAGAAGCAGAGAGAGAGAGAGAAACAGGUUCCCUGCUGAGUAGGGAUUCUAAUGCAGGGCUCCAUCCCAGGAUCCCAGGAUCACAGCCUGAGCUGAAGGCAGACACUCAACCUACUGAGUCAUCCAUGUGCUUCAAGGAAAACAUCACAAAAUAUAUAAUUAUAGCUAUAUUUGGAAUCAUCAUUUUAAUACUUAUAGGAUUAUUUAUUUAUAAAUAUUAUUGCAAGAAAAAUGACAAUAAAAACGGUUUACUCAGUGGAAAUUCAGAAGACCAUCUGGAAGAAAAUGAAUUUCAACUGGAAAUUGCUAGGAGGAAAGCUCAAUACAAGGCUGCCUGGAGGAAGGCUCAAUUAUAUCCUGAUUGGAGGAAAGAAGAGUUCCAGGCUGUAAAUGUGACCCUGGAUGAAGACACUGCCCAUCCUUCCCUUCUCCUGUCUGAAAACAGGAGACGAGUGACCUGGCAAGAAAGUCAUCAAAAUCUGUCCAGCUCCUCCCAGAGAUUUGACUCCCUCUCCUGCGUGUUGGGUCAGCAGCACAUCAGCUCUGGGAGAUCCUUCUGGGAGGUUAAGGUUAAGGAUGCACCUUCUUGGGACCUGGGAAUUUGUCUCAAUAAUGUAACAAGGAAGGGGAGGGUCACUGUUUCACCACAGAAUGGUUUCUGGGCCAUCAGAUUCUAUAAUAGAGAGUACUGGGCCCUCACCUCCCCAGAAACCUGUCUCACUGUAAGAGAAAUACCCCAUGUUGUGGGGAUAUUCCUGGAUUAUGAAGAUGGAGAUGUAUCUUUCUAUAAUAUGACAGAUGGAUCCCAUAUUUUCUCCUUUACUAAGAACACAUUUAAUGGUGCCCUAAGACCACUUUUCAGGCUUUGGUCCUCUGCUGCAGGCUCCCUAACCAUCUGUCCAAUGGGAGAAGAGAAUGAUGUUGUAAUUAACAUACCUGAAUAGGAGAAAUUAUUAUUUUGGGCCUCGAUGAUUAUUAUAAUUCUCUCCUAAGGAGAUGCAAAUGACUUUUUCCUUCUUCUUACAAGUCAUUCUUAAGAUGAUGCUCUGAGACAAAAACUGGUGAUUGUUCCUCCUAUCAGUUCUCCCCUCUUCCUUAAUUGUAAUGUUUUCAUACUAUUACCCUGUCCUAUGACAACCUCAUAUAAACAUUAGAUUUCUUAGCUUCCCCUGUUGCAUGUGACUAGUUGAUGGCCAGUGUGUUAUAACCUGAAUUAUUCUGUGUGAUUCCUGGAAUGUGUCCUAAAAAAGAAAUUGUAUCCUUCAUUUUUUUCCUUUACCUUUUCUGCUGGCCAAAUGUGUCAUGGUGAAUGGAACUGAAAGAAUAUCUCUGACUAUGUAAUACAAUAUGCAUGGCAGAGAAAUUACAGUAGACUUGGGUUUUUUGGGCAACUUUAUGGAACUACUCUAUUAUGUAACUUUAGAAUUCUUUUCUGUGAGAAAUAAACUUUUAUCUUUAAGCCA